GAAGAAUGAAUCAUAGGGAGACUCGUGGUCAAGGCUCAUAUGUUAAUGUUCGUCUCCCACACACACACACCACAUAGCUCUCACGUACGUGAAUAAAAAGAUGUUGAUAGCAUAUUAUAAAUCACAGAAUUCCACACGCAGAAACAAGAACACCAAGAGAGAAUCAUAAAGAAAAAACAUACCGAUAGAGGGAAAUUGAAGGGUGCUUUGCUGCUACGUCGUCUUUCUUGUGAUCAGUUCUUUGAUGACUGGAAUUGGUGUCGGAAUUGUGUUUUUGGUGUUGUGGUGAUCGUGAGAGAGAGAGAGAGAGGAUAAAAAAAGCAGCAAAAUUUUGGAAGUAAGUGCGUGUGUGGUAGAAUAUGGGGAGAGGAAGGGUGCAGUUGAAGAGGAUCGAGAACAAGAUCAAUAGGCAAGUAACGUUCUCGAAGAGAAGGUCUGGUUUGCUCAAGAAAGCUCAUGAGAUCUCUGUGCUUUGUGAUGCUGAAGUCGCCCUCAUAGUCUUCUCCACCAAAGGCAAACUCUUUGAGUACUCCAGCGAUCCAUGCAUGGAAAGAAUUCUUGAACGGUAUGAGAGGUAUUCAUAUGCUGAGAGGCAGCUUGUUGUAAGUGAUCAACCACAAAGUGAAAAUUGGACUCUUGAACAUGCAAAGCUCAAAGCAAGGUUGGAAGUUCUACAGAAAAAUCAAAGAAAUUUUAUGGGACAAGAUUUGGAUGGUCUAAGUAUCAAAGAGCUUCAGAAUUUGGAGCAUCAGCUUGAUAGUGCUCUCAAACACAUUAGAUCACGGAAGAACCAACUCAUGUAUGAAUCUAUUUCAGAGCUUAAUAAAAAGGAUAAGGCCCUACAAGAACAAAACAACACUCUCGCAAAGAAGAUAAAGGAGAAAGAGAAGGCACUAGCAGCACAACAAGCACAGUUUGAGCGACAAGCUGAUGAAAUGGAUCUAGCCUCCUCUGUCCUCGUACCUCAACCAUUGGAGACAUCUAAUAUUAGAGGGUCGUCACAAGUAGGUGGUGAUGAAGGAGACAAUGAUGGAAUGGUAACUCCAAGCCGAGCAAAUGCGAUUCUUCCACCGUGGAUGCUUCGUCCUACAAAUGAAUAGAAGAAUAUUAAUAACAUAAGAAAAAAUGAAAUAUGAAUAUGGAAAAUACAAAGCUUACCUUAUGAUAAGUUGUAAAACGUUCUGGUGUGUUGAUAUGUGAACAACACCCGAUGAUUUCAGUUGGAAUGUCAUCAGUUUGUAAUAUGUCUGUCACUACAACAUUUCAAGGAUGCUCAGUAAAUUAUAUGCUAUGGCCUGUCUCAUACAAGCUUACAAUACUA